GCGACUGCGAUCGUGCUGAGGGCCGAGUAGGUUUCAGUAUAGUAAUAAUAAUACUAUUUGCCAYUUAACAUCAACAUCAGUAUUACAACAGCUUCGUUUUCGUGUGCGCUGUACUAUAGUGUCUGGUGCACGACGUUUUACGUUUACGCGUUCGACCGGCCGCAUACGCACAACUGCACCGCACACCGUCUUUCGUAACAAUAUUGCAUUGUAGGAUUGAUUUUCCAUUUUUUCCGACACUGCUGUCUACCGCGUGUCCCAUGAUACGAACGCCACUGUUGAUCGUCCACUUUGCAGACGCCGCCGACGCGCCACGACCGCCGCGUUAUUGAGGAUCGGCUGUAGGACCGUGGGGACGACGGACGCUAUGAACCGCUGUCCUGUGAUGAAUCCGCAGUACGAUGUCGAGCGGCGGUCCCGGUGCCCGGCGGCGGCGGUACACAAGCCGUCGCCCGACAUCAAUGACUUGCACGCUUUUGAGCGAAUCGUUGUAAUGUUCGUACAGCUCAAAAACUACUUGGGCUCCUAUUGGCUGGUCCCAUGGUUUUUUGUCUACAUCUACCCCAGCAUACUUGUCUAUGAAUCUUAUGGCUUUGCUGGGCCUUUUGUUUAUUGCAACAUUGUUCAAAUCCUAUUUUUUAUUGUAUUUGAGUUUUGGGAUGAAAGUUUUAAUUGGACACCAUUACAUGAUACCGUAAAAACAUAUUCAUCACAAAUUCUUGGAAAUCAACUCAUAACAAAAAGUGUUGAUGAAAUGAUUUUGUUUUGUAUUUGGGUUUUAUCUUGGGCUGCAGUCCCUUCUAUAUGUUAUGCAAACGAACAUAUAUUUGAAUUACCUAUUGAUCGUCUGGAACGGUUAACUUCAUAUGUUUCUAUGAUGACUGUUACAUUUGUAAUGGCUUAUGUUAUCAUUUUACUUUGGAUCGACAUGAAUUUGUUGGAAAUUAAAUCAAGUAUAAAUAAUCAUAAUGUAAAUUCAAAAGUGUCAUCAUAUUGUUAUGAGCUUAGAGAUGAUUUAAUUGAACCUGAUGACAUACCUGAUUUGGAAACUGCAUAUGAAGAUAUAUCUAUUACCAAUGAGUUCAAAAUUGAUAAAUCUUUUCUGGACCUUUCAGAAGCAGUUAAUGAAAAUACUAUUGAAAAUGAAGAAUUUUGUAACUCUACAACAGUUGAACAAGGUGAAGAAGCUAAAGAGCGAGAAAUGGAUGUUAUAUCUCUGUCAUCAAGCACAUUAAGUGACUUUGAUGUAAUAACAGAAGAAGAAAUAGAUUUACUUAAGUAGUUUUUUUUUUUUUUGUCAAGAAUAUUUCAUAGUAUAAAAAUAUUGCUUUUUGUAAGCAAAUAAUUGAUAAAAAAAAUUAAUAUUAUGGUAAUUUAAUCUUAGAUGAGAAUAAUUUCUCUUUAGACAUUUGAUCCAUUACAUUGAAGCUUGUGACAUAAUAUAUUAAGUUAAGUUCCUAAU